AUGAUCGCCAUAGGAUUAGAAGGAAGCGCCAACAAGAUAGGCGUGGGCGUCAUCUCUCAUCCAGGUCCAAACAAACCUCCCAUCAUCCUUGCGAACCUGCGACACACAUAUGUUUCCCCGCCCGGCGAAGGCUUCCUGCCCAAAGAUACAGCAAUACAUCACCGAGCAUGGGUUGUGAGGCUAAUCAAACAAGCUGUGCGACAAGCAGGAGUCAAAAUUGAGGAUAUUGAUUGUAUAUGCUACACCAAAGGCCCAGGAAUGGGUGCACCGCUACAAAGCGUUGCGCUUGCAGCUAGGACAAUCAGUCUACUAUGGGGGAAGCCCAUGGUGGGCGUGAACCACUGCGUCGGCCAUAUCGAGAUGGGUCGCUCGAUAACGCGCGCCGAUAACCCCGUCGUCCUUUACGUAUCUGGCGGCAACACCCAAGUCAUCGCCUACUCUGCCCAACGGUAUCGUAUCUUCGGUGAGACCUUAGAUAUCGCCAUAGGAAACUGCAUCGAUCGAUUCGCUCGCACACUGAUGAUCCCCAACGACCCAUUUCCUGGAUACAAUGUUGAACAAUUAGCCAAGAAGGGGAAAAACCUGGUCGAUUUACCAUAUGGAGUCAAAGGCAUGGAUGCGAGUUUCUCGGGUAUUUUGGCUGCAGCGGACUUGCUGGCGCGUGGGUUAGACGAGUCAUUACCGGACGCGAAGCGACUGAAGACGGAGGACGGAGAGCUGGUUACACGUGCAGACAUGUGCUUCUCUCUCCAGGAGACUAUUUUCGCCAUGCUGGUCGAGAUAACAGAGCGCGCUAUGGCACAUGUCGGGUCGCAGCAAGUGUUGGUCGUGGGUGGUGUGGGCUCGAAUAUGCGGCUACAACAGAUGAUGGGCAUGAUGGCAAGAGACAGAGGUGGAAACGUUUUUGCGACAGAUGAGAUGUUUUGUAUCGACAACGGCAUUAUGAUUGCACAUGCGGGGUUGCUGGAAUACAGUACUGGAGUGAAGACGGAGUUGACAGAUACGACAUGUACGCAGCGCUUCAGGACCGACGAGGUGUAUGUUGGGUGGAGGACCGACUGA